CUCCGAGACCUCGAACUAUACGAGAAAAAAUGCCCCCAAGGUGAAUCCUCCGUUUCGAAACUCAAGCAUCCAUAAUUCCUUCCCGAUCUAUCAACUUUCUGUCUAGCGCGAGUGCCAAAGUGCUGUAAGUUGGGAAUAACCGGGGCCUUGAUGGCUUGCAGCUGAGGCUUUUGCCAUGCAAUGCAUAUAAUCAGCCCUUGGUGGCAGGCAAUAUAGCAUCCACUAUCCCCCGCCAUCGUUUUCUUCUUUCUUGCUCGUUCAUAUUAGAAGACACCCAGCCUUCGUUUGUUCUCUUCUCUUGCAUCUUUCUCUUGCAUCCUGUCUCAUCUAUCUCCCUGCCUCUCCUAACCACCCCCUAUCACAACACAUACCGCAAAGAUGAGAUACACCACCGCCCUCCUUUCCCUGGCCGCUCUUGCUGCUGCUCAGGACUGUGUCUCCAGCUACGAGUCCUGCCUCACCACCCAGGAUGAGAACACCUGCACAUCUCAACUCGCCGUCUGCAAGAAUCUCUGCGCCAACGACCUUGACACAUGCAACCAGAGCGAUGCCGGCUCUGCCACCUGCCAGAAGAACUACAACUCCUGCUUGAACACCUUCCCCAUCAUCCCUGGCGGUUCCGACUGUGUUGCCAAGUACAUCAAGUGUGGUGAAUCUGGCGAAUCCGACGCCGUCUGCAACUCCCAGAACGCUGUCUGCAAGGACACCUGCACCAACAUCAACAGCGCCUGCUUGUCAUCUGGCUCCGCCGACGUUGCUGCCUGCACCAAGCAAUACAACGCCUGCUACUACUCCACUUCCGACACCAUCACCCUCGACACCGUCGCCAAGUACCAGAACUGCCUCAACACCGGCGCAAACGUCACCUCCUGCAACGCCCAACUCACCAACUUCAAGGACGCCUGCACAACCAUCCAAGCCACCUGCCUCGUUUCCGGCUCCGCUGACAGCUCUUUCUGCUCUACCCUGACCGCCGCCUGCUACUACAACGGCAGCAAGUGGACUCGCCAGUCUUGCUCCACUGCCUUCUCCGCCUGCACCGCUUCGGACUCCGAGUGCCGUGCUCAACUCACCCAAUGCAAGGACACCUGCACCAACGCCGAAGCCUCCUGCAACACCGCCCAGAACGCCGACAAGGCCGCCUGUGCUUCCGUCCGCUCCACUUGCCAGGGCGACUCCAACGACCCCAUCACUGACCCCAACGUUGUCUCUUCUUCCUCUGCAGCUGCUUCUGCUUCUGCCAACGCAAAGGUCGCCGCUUCGUCGACUAUGUCUGUCGUUGCUGCUGUCAGCACUGGUGGUUACAGCUAUGCUAACGGCACUGCUGGCAAGAAUGCCACUUCCACCUACACCCCUGUCGCUUACACCGGUGCCGCCUCCAAGGCUGGUGUUUCCGCCAUCUUCGCCGGUAUUUUCGGUGUUGCCGCUUACCUUUUGUAAACGGUUGAUCAAGAAUGACUGAGUGAUUGUACGAGAAGAAGAUUAUAGACUUGGGGAGUUUUUCAUUUCUAUUGCACACAUAUUUGUAUGGGGUUAUGGAUGAGAGAAAUCGAGAGAAAAAGGGAACACGUUCCCUCAAAGGGUCCUCGGGGACUCGUUUAAUGUAUAUUUACGCC